CUUAGGUGACCCGCACCUCCAUCCCGGAACCCCUCUCCCGGGACCCCACUUCCGGUCUCCCUUUACAAGUCCCGCCUCUCGAGACCCCCUUCCCGGAAGUCCCACCUCCCAACUUCAGGGGGGCUCCCCGAACCCCGACUUGUUUCUCGUCGAGUGUUUCUGACCCCAGCCUGUCGCUAGCUUUCUUGGAAGUCCCACCCCCAAACAUGCUUCCAAGCCCUACUACAAGCAACUCUUCGUUAGUCCUUUCAAUUCUCUGAAGUCCCGCCUCUUUGCGACGAUUCUCCGCUAACUCUUGUAUAUCAAAAGUCCUAUCUCCCGAAAGGGCAAAGCCCUGCCCCUCAAGGAACAUUUAGAAUUCAUUGUAACUACGCCUCUCUAGGGGCUCCACCCCUCCAGAAGCCGCACCUCUUCCUUAAUCCACGUCUGAUAGUCUAGAAGCCUCGGCUCCUGGUAGUAUCUGUUGCACGCGUCCUAGGGGACCACGCCCCCUCAGGAGUUUUAUCCCAAUAGGACCCAAGUGAUCACCUCAGAAGUCUUGUCUUGGAUCCCAGACGCUCUACGGUGCUUACAUUUCCCCAGCGUUUGUGUCUUCUGGGCUUUGGACUCAGCUUUCCUGAGCUCUCUCAUGCGCCACUGAGUGGGAAGCCAAGUUCCCGUCUUUGGCCCUGAGGAGUGAGAGAUAGAGGCAGCCCCUUUCCUCUCCCUCACCCCCUUCCAAAGGUGGACCGACUUGAAGGGGGACUUGGAGUUUGGCACGAGAGUUUGGGAGAGAGGCUUGCUUGUAGGUUCCCAGUCCCACUCCCUUAGUUUCCCUUAGUUUCCGGAAAGGACUCUACCCCAGAAACAGCAGGGGAGGGCCAUGGAUUCAUUGGUGUAUGGCAUAUGGGUUGUGACAGGAGUGAAAGUUUUCUACCACUAACGAAUGGUGGUUUGGAGUGGGGGGCUGGGAGCAGUUUACUUGGUGGUGGUUGAUUUUUUUAAGGGACUCCUCAGUCCCUACUACUUCUCUGGCUCUUCUCUGGCUCUUCUCCUUCCCCUAACUGGAGUUCUAGUCUGGGCAUUCCUCCUGGCCCCAUUUUCCCAGCCUUCCUGGCUGGAAACAUUCCUGAAGCUUUCACCAUUUCCUGCUACUUCCCUCCUCUCUUGCCUACUCCCUGCUGGACUGAGAAGCUAGACACAGCUUCCCCACACCCAACCACCUGGAUUCCCAGAAGGCAUUCUCCUUUCUUUCUAUGCAAAUUUAGAGCCAGACUUCCUCUUUCAUUUCUUCCAAAUGCCCACACCUGUUGGUUUUGUGUCCUGCCUCUGGCAUCCACAGAAUGGCCAUCUUGAAAGAUGAGGACAUUCUGGUGUGUGUUGGAGGUGUGAGGUUGUGGCAGAAUCCUUUCUUUAUUCUCUAUGCCUGAGAACUGAGGCCUUAGGAAGAGGAGUGAUAGAAUUCCUUCUCAGGAAGGGUGGAUGGAGUGACAAGCUCUCCUGGGAUGAAGGCUAAGGGGAGGUGAAAGGGUUUAUUAGCACAGUGUCCAACACGUUCUGAGUGCUAAUAUUGUUCAUCACUUAUAAUCAUACUCACCUUUUUACCCUCUGAAGUAAAUUUCAGGAUGGGGUAAUUCCAAGGUGAGCCGGGGGUGUCUUUUACUUCUUGUUUUUGGUUGCUUCCUAAAUUCCUCUAUGGCUCCCUUAAGCAGAGCUGUGGCAGGAAACUGUGGGUGGAAGGAAUGAGUUUGAGACUGUUCCCUGUGUCCAGCCUCAGCCCAUCUUCUCCUGGCAUCCUUUUCUUCUGUAGUUAUUAACACAUCUGCCUUCUGUCUUUUCUAUCUCUUAGUGGCCUGUAGCCCCCACUUCUCUUGGAGAACUGAUCCACUCUCCCAUCUCCCCCAGCCUGACUCCUUCCCUGGUGUGAGAGACACUGUGCUCUAUGAUGGACACCUGCCCUUUUCCCAGUCACUGCUGCGAGAAAGAGGAGGAGGGGUAUGAGUACAGCUGACAGAUCCAGGGAGUUGACUUUUCAGUUAGUGUUCUGGUUCCCAAUUCUCCGCCUUGAUGGCUUGCUUUGCUAACUAGGCCUGUGGAAAGGGGGCAGAACAGUACCUGGCCAUGGUUGCUACCAUGCAUGGGGAACAAGGCCUGAUCAGCCUGUCCUCUUGUCCUUCCUGACACACCACCCAGACUAGACUUUAUCCCCUUCACUUCACCAGCUUUGCCUUUCUUUUGGGCCCCUCUGUGCAUCCACUGGGACCACUUCCCCAUUUCUCAAGCUCCAGUCCACAGCUGUUAUGGCAGAGGAUGCUAAUGGCUCAGGCUCCCUGGGGCCACCACCCACUGUGUAUGGGAGUGGUGGGGAGGUGGCCUGGGCUGGAGGAUGGGGGAAUGUGAGUGUUCAACCAGGAUUGGAAGGGAAGUGCUGAGCUCAGGGAUCACCUCCCUUUUCCAUCCCCCGCUGCCUGUGUUUCCUCCCUCAUUGCUACCCCCCACCCUCCCAUCCUGGCUUCCUGCUCCCCCUGGCCUGCCCAUGUCCGGUUUGGACUGAUCCAGGCAUCCUCUCAUCUCCCUCCUUUCCUUCCCACUUCUCCAUCUUUCCCAUUAGUCCCCAACCCCCACUUUACUCCUCCCCGCUGGGGUGGGGAGGAGGGGCGUAGUUAUCCCUACCCCUGCCAGGGGUCUAGGUUGGGGCAGCGAGGGGGGCUCAGCCCCUCAGAGCCUGUGAGUCAGCACUGUCCUCAGGAUUGGUCUCUCCCCUUCACUCCCCGCCCCUGGGGAGGAGCCAGGCAGCUCUGGGUCCAGCCUGUUCUCCUCUCGCCAGAGAAGAGGCUCCACGUUGGGCGGGGAUGGGGCCUGAAACCAUCUGGGUCUGAGCUGAGAGAGCGGAAGCCACCUAUCCCUCUCCCUCCCAGGACCCCCGAGACUCCUGGACCAUAGAGGUCUGACCAGGCUAAGGGCCUGGGGAUGCCCCCUGCCUGGCCCCCUUGCCGUGACUGGCAGGGGGGCCGGGCUGGGCAGCAGCCCCCCUCUCACUCCAGCCAUGGAUCUCCUGCCCCCUAAGCCCAAGUACAACCCACUUCGGAAUGAGUCUCUGUCAUCGCUGGAGGAGGGGGCUUCAGGGUCCACACCCCCAGAGGAGCUGCCUUCCCCGUCAGCCUCGUCCUUGGGACCCAUCCUGCCACCUUUGCCUGUGGACGACAGUCCCACCACCCUGUGCUCCUUCUUCCCCCGGAUGAGCAACCUGAAGCUGGCCAACCCUGCUGGGGGGCGCCCGGGACCGAGGGGGGAGCCAGGAAGGGCAGCCGAGGAUGGGGAGGGGAUCGUAGGGGCAGCCAUUCCGGACUCAGGCCCCCUGCCCCUCCUCCAGGACAUGAACAAGCUGAGUGGAGGCGGCGGGCGCAGGACUCGGGUGGAAGGGGGCCAGCUGGGGGGCGAGGAGUGGACCCGCCACGGGAGCUUUGUCAAUAAGCCCACACGGGGCUGGCUGCAUCCCAACGACAAAGUCAUGGGACCUGGGGUUUCCUACUUGGUUCGGUACAUGGGCUGUGUGGAGGUCUUGCAGUCAAUGCGUGCCCUGGACUUCAACACCCGCACUCAGGUCACCAGGGAGGCCAUCAGCCUGGUGUGUGAGGCUGUGCCGGGUGCGAAGGGGGCCACAAGAAGGAGAAAGCCCUGUAGCCGCCCACUCAGCUCCAUCCUGGGGAGGAGUAACCUGAAAUUUGCUGGAAUGCCAAUCACUCUCACCAUCUCCACCAGCAGCCUCAACCUCAUGGCUGCAGACUGCAAACAGAUCAUCGCCAACCACCACAUGCAAUCCAUCUCGUUUGCAUCUGGCGGGGACCCGGACACAGCUGAGUAUGUUGCUUAUGUUGCCAAAGAUCCUGUGAAUCAGAGAGCCUGCCACAUCCUGGAGUGUCCUGAAGGGCUUGCCCAGGACGUCAUCAGCACCAUUGGCCAGGCCUUCGAGUUGCGCUUUAAACAAUACCUCAGGAACCCGCCCAAGCUAGUCACCCCCCAUGACAGGAUGGCUGGCUUUGAUGGCUCAGCUUGGGAUGAGGAAGAGGAAGAGCCACCUGAUCAUCAGUACUAUAAUGACUUCCCGGGGAAGGAACCCCCUCUCGGGGGGGUGGUAGACAUGAGGCUUCGGGAGGGAGCCACCCCGGGGGCUGCUCGACCAGCUCCACCCAGUGCCCAGACCCCCAGCCAUCUGGGGGCUACGCUGCCCAUGGGACAGCCUGUGGGGGGAGACCCAGACGUCCGCAAACAGUUGCCACCUCCGCCACCCUGCUCAGCAGGCAGAGAGCUCUUUGAUGAUCCCUCCUAUGUCAACGUUCAGAACCUAGACAAGGCUCGGCAAGCAGGGGGCGGGGGCGGGCCCCCCAAUCCUGCUGUCAAUGGCAGCACACCCCGCGACCUCUUUGACAUGAAGCCCUUUGAAGAUGCGCUUCGGGUGCCUCCGCCUCCCCAGUUGUUGUCCAUGGCCGAGCAGCUCCAAGGGGAGCCCUGGUUCCACGGGAAGCUGAGCCGGCGGGAGGCCGAAGCACUGCUGCAGCUCAAUGGGGACUUCCUGGUGCGGGAGAGCACGACUACACCCGGCCAGUACGUGCUCACCGGCUUGCAGAGUGGGCAGCCCAAGCAUCUGCUACUGGUGGACCCUGAGGGUGUGGUUCGGACAAAGGAUCACCGUUUUGAGAGUGUCAGUCACCUCAUCAGCUACCACAUGGACAAUCACUUGCCCAUUAUCUCUGCGGGCAGCGAACUCUGUCUCCAACAGCCUGUGGAGCGGAAACUGUGAUCCGUCCCAGUGCUCUUGUCCAGAAGAUACCCUCUAGCCCCAUCCACCCUAUUCCCUGACUCUUGGGACCUCUCUUGGGAGUGCUCUGUGGGCUGGGCCUUGCGUAGGAGCUGGGAGUGGUGUGGACACUGGGUUCAGCAUCUGACUGAGAGGGUUUGAGUCAGGAGACUGGGGUGGAAUCCUGCUUCUCCCCAAACCUCACCAAAGUAUUAACGGACAGAGUGGCCCCCUUUCCUGGGCCUUGCCUGUGCCAACCUGGUUCCCUCUUCCCCAAGAAGGUGGAUUCUUGGGCCUGGGCAGUGCCUCCUUGUAACAGAAAAUGUCCUGUGGUGAUAGGCCCAGUGAAGCAAUCACCCUUCCAGGGAAGAGGGAACGAAUCACAGCUUUGGUCUACCCCUGGGCUCAGGAUAUCGCCCAGAUCCCUCUCAACCCCUCCACCCCAGUGUUUAAACUUUGUGCCUUUGACCAUCUCCUAGGUCUGAAAAUAUUUUAUGCAAAGGGUUCUCCUUGGGUCAAGGACAGGGGUCCUGACACCUUGGCUUUUGGGACCCUGUCUUCUUACUCAGCAACUCCUCCAGUUUAGGUUGGGAGAACAGAGGAGUGUGAGCUGUCCCUUUCCAUGGGGGAUGUGUAACCUUAGAGACUGCCCCAGAGCCCCCCGCCCUGCCAGGGGGGAGAUGGACCCCUCCCUUGCUCAGUGCCUCCUGGCCGGGGCCCCUCAUGGCAGGGGCCCCUCAUGGCAGGGGUCUGUAUAUAUGUUUCCUAAGCCCCACUCCACCAUGUUGCAUGCAUGUUAUUACUCUACAGCCAAAGUGUAGCCCUUCCUCCUGUGGCCUCUGCCCUGCUUCCCCCUGCUAGGGGGUGGGGUGGGUGGUGACAUUGUUGAAUUUGGGCCUCCUGUAGGGUUAACUCUCCCAGGAGGAUUUUACAGAGGAGGGAACAGGGCCUUUGAGACUCUAAAGCAGUAGACAGUCCUCAAAUAUCAUCUCUAGAUGUGGGUCUGCUUUUAUUUUUUAUUUUAUAUACAUGUAUUUUAGGGCUGUAGAUUUACUUUUUAAUUUUGUUUUCUAUGGCCUGUUCUUGGAGCACAAAAUGAUAAUCGAUUAUAUUUGUACAUCACCUCUUUGGCUUUUCAAAGCCCUUUUAUGAUUAUUGGCAUUUUCCUCACCAUGAGGAAAUCGGGAUCGGCAGCAUUAAUUUUUUUACAGGCGAGUUCUGAGGUAGAGAGAGGGCUAGGACUAGAAAAACGUGAGCCUCUUACAGCAAGGCUGGGAGGUAGACGUUUGGCUGAAGAAAUGUUUCACGAAACGUAAAAUUAAAACUUGUAGUUAAUUUAUUGAGUACCUUUUACCUGCCCAGCCCUGCACUAGACCUGGUGUGACCAAGAAGACAGAGAAGACAGCCCUGCUCUUUAUCUUAGGCCUUGCGGAUAAGGGAGAGUUGAUUUUUAAUCCUCACCUCCUUUUUGUGUGUGGAUGUUUUCACGGGUCUCACUUAUACCAAAGGGAAAUAAUCCUCAUUAAAGUCCGUAUUUCUUCUAAA